UGUUUUUCUGUCUGAGGCCAGUUUCAUCAGUCUGUCAUGUGUCAAUGGAAAAGAGAAGUAACAUCAGUGAGUCGUCCGUCUACUGUAGCUCCUCCUCUCUUCCUUUGUCUUUGUCUGUAUUUCUGUCUGUCUGUCUGUCUGUCUGUCUGUAGGAAGCACAUCAACAUGCUGUUUCUUCUUCUUCACACCAUUACCUUGGUCUGCUUCCUCGCAGCUCCAGCCUGCGUGUCAUCGGCCACCACGGAUACAGUGGUGGGCAUGGCUGGGAGAAAGGUGACACUGCCGUGUCACUCGGAGGCAGUGAGUCAGACUGGAGUGGAGGUGUGCUGGGGGAGAGGAGAACCUUCACUGUUCUCCUGCCAAAAGACUGUGAUCUACUCAGCCGGAGAUAAGGUCACAUACAAGAAGUCAUACAGGUACUCUGUAUCCUCCUCUUCCUCUCUGUCCAUCUUCAACUCUCGACCAUCAGACUCUGGUUUCUAUCACUGCAGAGUUCACCUGCCUGGUCUGUUCAACGACCAAACAUCCAUUGUUCACCUCAUCAUCAUCAACUCUCGCUCUGUGAACUUUGAAUCUUCUACAACAGAAACCUCUGAGAUCUCAGACAACAGGGACGCUGAGAACCUGAAUGCACCACAAACUACAACAGGUUUCACCAGACUAGGCAUGACAGGAAGUGAUGUCACUACGGGGGAAGAGGGCACCACAGGGCCAGUGGUGGCACUGGUUCAGUCGUCCGUCCAGCAGCAGCAGGUCAACAGUCUGCAGAGCUUCAUUGGAAACACAGUGAGAGUCUCCUUCAUCAUCUUCAUACCUGCAGUGAUGCUCACAGCUGCUUAUAGACUUUGGAGGACUAACCAGAGAUCAGACACUGACAGGAGGCCGAACCAAUCAGACGAGGAGGAGCAGGAGGACAGCUAUGUGUAGAAUGUUUUCUCUAACAUUUAAUCCAUCUACGCUACCACACAGACCUUCAUCACAGCUGGAAAAAGAUUAUUGUUAAUCAUUUGUGCUUGUCUCAGUGCUGGAAUGUAACAAAAUGCUUCCCAUGAAAUAGGAAACAGAGUGCUGUUUGCUUCCUCAUUUCUAUGUUUUUCUACAUAAAAACAGACAGAUAAUCAUGUUAAUUGAUUGUGAAUGCACGUUACAAACCCGCCACAAUGCACUGCAGGUAGCACUACCUUCCAGCGAACAUGGUCGGACACACAUCCUCCAAAACCAACGGUAGCCAGCAGUGAAUACAGUAACCUACUGAGGUGGUUUUCUUGCCAGAUUGGGCAUCAUGCGGCUGAGCCAGUUCAGUUCGCUGACCAAGUGAGCAGUCUUUCUAUUAGGAAAGUCAAAUAACUCAAAUCAGUAAUGUAAACGUUAUUCCCUGUUGGUCUCAGAGGCUGAGUUCGAACCCGGUCCAGCCGCUGAGUUCUGCUAACAGAAGAUUCAGUCAGCAGCAUUUCAUUAGCUGUAAGCUACUUCAGCGAUUGGUUAGGCUAUCUGUCCAUCAGGAAACUUUGUAGUUAAAGCUGAGCAGCCAGAUGACAUCAGGGGGAAAACUAGCAAAUACAAUAUGAUCCAAUGUCACCAAAAUCACUGAAAAAAGUUAUAAAGUUGUGCUUUUGUACAGAAAUCAGAUGCAUGUAGCAGCCUCAGACUGUAUGAGGCUGGUGUCAUAAGAGAGAAAGUGUUUCAGUAUUAGUAAUUAGUACUUUUUAAUUCACCACAUUUAUCUGACAGCUGUAGUUUGAACCUGUGGAGGAGUUGAGACAUCUCUUGUUUUUGCCAUUGCCAAAGACAAAAUUGAUCAUGUGACCAAACAGUUUUAAAGAGUCAUCAGUUUUACUCACCCUGUCAUGGAGAGAGGCACGUGGAAGAAGUGGUCAGCACAUUUAAGUUCUAAAAACAUAUUUAAAAAAACAUAUUUUUUGCUGUUUAAAGUGAUUUAUGUAUGAUGAUUCAAUUACAGACAUGCUUUUGUGUGUGUGUGUGUGUGUGUGUGUGUGUGUGUGUGUGUGUGUGUGUGUGUGUGUGUGUUAGGAAGUUACAACAUGAGGCUAUAUGAUUUGCAUGAUGUUAGCUCUAAACUGGUGGAUACACGUUUGUUAAAAUGGCUUCAUAAUAAACCUAAAAUAUUUUCACACCUGUCAUAAUAAUCUGUACCUCCUCCAUCCUCCUGUACGAUCUGCUGAUAAUCACAUAUUAUGUUACUGUAAUAUGUGAUAUCACAUCACAUAUUAUGCUACUGUCUUGCUGUCUUGCUUUAUUUUGUUUAUGCAGAACUUUUCACAUGACAUAAGCUUCCAUAUAAUUUUAACAUAAAGCUUUGCAGUGGAAACAAACAGCUUUUGUUCAACAUCUAGCUGCUGUGUGACUCCAAAAACAUUUCUUCUAUUUUCUUUCUAGCACAGAACAUAAAUGAGUCAGAGGCAUGAAUCAUGGGGGAACAAAUGGUGCCAUUGGGAAAACCAUGAAUAUUUAACAAUAAAUAAACAGCUCACAUUUUCUGAUUGCAUAGUACUUUCCUGAACUUUCAAGGUCAUUUGUGCCCUGAGCUGCUGUUAUGUUAUUUGUGUGAAUUUAUGAGUUUUAUUGUCUUGGCAGCGUCCUGCCUGCCCAGCCCUGAUAUGCAGAGGUAAAGUGUUUAUUCAGAGGAGAGUCCAGCAGGAAGCAUCAGUCAGCAGAUUUUAUUCAUGCAGCUGAAUAACAGGCAGAAAAGUGACA